AUGGAGUGUUGGUCCUGUGACAUCAUCGGAAGGAAAAAAUUAGGAUCAUCGCGAUUCAGAAAAGGCCGUGUAUUCAUACAGAGACAUCUAGCGCAGAACUAUAGCGAAUACGUGUGGUCGUGUGCAACGAGGACCGCGGUGGCCUAUAAUACACUGAACGAGUUAUGGGACAGCUUCAUAUGCGGUUCUCACCGUUGGAAAUUGCGUGAGACGCUAAAUGGCCAGCGUCUAAUAGAGUUCAGACUCGGUCAAGAGGCGGAGUCCGAGCAGGGCCUGUCGGUAGCCGCGGCCGAGCUGAUGGUCCGGGCGGAGGCCACUCCGAGAGCACGCAAACUACGAUACACGCUGUGGGCCUUCACAGUACACGGGAACUCCAGUGUUGGGGAACUGGCUGGUGAAGCUGAGAUCGGCGGUGGAAGAACUGGCUCGGGUCGAGGAUGGCAGCGCGUGGACGUGACCCCAGCGGCCAGGCGCUGGGCGGCGGCCGGCGCUACGACGCCACUGCGCCUUUUAGUGGAUUGCAGCGGGUGUGCGGGGCGCGUGCGGCUGAGGCUCGGCGGGGCCGCGGCGGCCCGGCCUCUCCUCCGACUCCGUGUUGCCGCACGCUCUCCGCGCCGCCGCCGAGCGCUCGACUGCGACGCCGCCGCUCACGGCCGCUGCUGCCGACAGACGUACUACGUGAGCUUUCGCGCUCUCGGCUGGGACGACUGGAUCGUGGCACCUGAAGGCUACUACGCCAAUUACUGCCGCGGAGCGUGCGAGCCCUACCUCAACUAUCAUUCUCAGGUGGUGGAGGCGGCCCGUCUUCAGCGAGCCGCGUGCUGCGCUCCCGUGCGGUUCUCAGCGCUGUCUCUGAUCUACUUCGGCGCCGACUCGAACAUCAUCAAACGCGACCUGCCGGAGAUGGUGGUCGAGGAAUGCGACUGCCCCUAGCGGCCCUGUACAUAGCCUAGCCGCGUCGCCCCGCCUCUCCCCGCCGCCCAUGCGGUACGCUUUCGCCGAAUCAGAUUUAAUCCGAAUCGAUUAUAAAUAAUAUUCUCGACUUGUGUAAUAUUUUGUUCCUCGCGUUCGAAAGACUAUAUCCUAAAUCUGUCCUGCGUUCGGUGCGCGGUUCGAUUGCGGCGCGACCUUAGACUUUUACUCGCCGGGUGCGGAACCUAUCCCGUGAUAUCAGAGUUCCGUAUUAGGUAGACCCGUCAGAUACCGCGAGACCUUCUCAGAGCUCGUGGGGGUUCCGCAGGGCGAGCGCCGCACCGCAGCCGGACCCGCGGCUCCUUCGCAGGCGGCCUAAAUAAUUUACUACGCCGUUUUCUUUCACCCCGUUUGGUGUUCGCUUGUAAUUAUUGUAAACUGUAUUAUAAUAAUUAUUAUAAUUAUAAUAAUAAAUAAUAAAUCAACUUUUUCAUAAUUAUUA